AGUAUUCAUUACUAUUUUCAACUUCAAAAACAAAAAGCAAAUUUAGAAAGAGAAUUUGAUGAGAUUUAUAACUCUGAAUGUGAUUAAAGAGUUCUAAAGUAUCUCCAGUCUCAAAUCUUUGUACGAAAUAAGACAACAGAUUACCAUAAAAAUAUAGCUUUACUUCAUUAUUACUACUAAUAGUAGCUGUGAGCGAUGACAUACUGCAACAAAAGAAAAUGGUCCCAAUUGAUGAAAAUUUAAUAAAAAUUUAAAAUUCAUAUUAGUUAUGGCAUGUGAACGAGUACUGAUGCAGCAAUCACUGGCAUAAAUGCCUCCUCUAUUGAUGUAACUCCAGCUUGCUUUUAUUGCUGGGCAGUCAAACAUUGACAGUUACUAUUGCAGAUGAUGCAGUAAUCUCAGCUUUCAGCCUUUAAGGUUUGGAAGAUGAGAACCAGACCGACUGGCAGAUGUGAUUACAUUAUUCUCUCCCCAAUAAGAGAAAUAAAGAAACUUGUACUAAUCAGAUAAUAUUUUGUUUCCAUCCCCUCUCUGAUGAUGUGGAGUAUGCUUCAAUGAUGGUUUAUUGGGUUGUGUGUUGAAGCAGGAGUCACCGGCAUAAUGCUUCUCUGGUACAUUAGGGAAUUCCGGGUGAUUCCUUAGGCCUAAUCUUUAAUUUGUAUUCUGAUUGGAGAUAGACAUUCACAUACUCGAUUCAAUUUCUCUUAUAUAUAAUGCCUUGUAUUUUCUUUUUGGUUCUAAUCAAAAUACUCAAUUUUGUUUUUUUCUUAGGAAAAUCUAUCGCCCACUGGAAUUAUUGACUCGAUUGCCCUCUAACUCGUGAGCCCUUUAUGAGAUUACAGUAACUAGUUUCUUGUAAUGGCCUGUUGUGUUCUUUACGUAAUGGAGUAUCUCUUUUAGCCAACACAAUUUAUUUUCACUAUCACGGGAUGCUUUAAAUAUUAUGUUUCUAUAUUAUGCAACCAGUCUUGCAUUCUACACAGCCACAGCUGGCGGCCGAAUAGCCGAUCUCAUUUCUUUUGAACAUAAUGAAUGCAGGCUUAACAGAUGAGCAAUGGACCGUGUCCUCUUUACUAUUCACCGUGCCAAGGGCAGCAUAUUACUAGGACCGACAUACUGGUGAUUUCAAUUCACAAUGAACUUGUGGGUCACAUUCUACAUUCCUCAAGGGACCAUGUUUCAAAUCAUUUUUACAUUAAUCGGAAACUUGGGACUGAGUGGAAUUUUAGUGACAGAAUUGCAGCAGUGACAAAGAAGCAGAACUGCAGAAGCACCUCUAUCAAAAUUUGAUGAAAAAGAUGAUUCAGCAGUAAUAUUUGAUUCGUUUGAUUUAAUUCACAAAACCGGCUCUCCAGUUUGAAUGUAUAUAAUAUUAAUUUGAAUACAAGGUUUAGUGUUAGAUUUCAUUUGAACUGCAUCAAUGAGGCUAUUAGAGCAGCUUCAAUAGAUUCAGGAUAUAUGGAUGGCUCUCUCCUGUUUGAUGAGAUCUUCUUGCUAUCGAAAUUGGUUUCACUCGAUCUCUCUGGUACUUAUGGUUUGCUUCUUGACAACAUAAAGUUUCAAAUACUUGUGCAUAACUUAACAGAAUUAAGGUUUCUUAUCCUUGAUUUUGUGGAUAUGUCUCUGGUUGUGCCUUCUUCCUUGCUAAACUUGACUUCUUCCUUGGAGCAUUUGAGCCUUGGCUCUUGUAAUUUGCAAGGGAACUUUCCAAACCAAGUCUUUCAGCUUCCAUCUCUCCAGCUUCUUGAAUUAAGCGAAAACUCUCAUUUAAGAGGUAAUUUGCCUGAAUCAAACCAGAGUAGUACCCUCGAGUAUUUGAAUCUUGCAAGCACAAACUUCUCAGGAGAGUUGCUUCAUUCAAUUGGAAAUCUUAAACUCUUAAAGGAAUUGAACCUUUAUCACUGCCAAUUUUAUGGAUCAAUUCCUAAAUCUCUUACAAAUCUUACCAAGAUAGCUUACUUAGACUUUGAUUCCAACCUUUUGCAAGGGCAAAUUCCAGAUGUUUUUGAAAAAAUGCCCAAGCUAACUUGUGUGAACCUUUACAAUAACAGUUUUGAUGGUGAAAUUCCUACAUCAAUCUUCAAUCUCACCCAUCUUACUCAUUUGAUACUGUCAUCAAAUAAGCUAAUAGGGCCUCUUCCUCACAAUAUAAGUGGACUCUCAUUUUUAUAUGAGUUUCAAAUGGAUAAUAAUUUCAUCACAGGUCGUGUACCAUCUUCGUUGUUUUCUCUGCCUUCUUUAUCAUAUUUAGACCUCCGAAACAACAGACUUACCGGACCUAUUGAUCAUGUUGAGAUGCCAAAUCUCAAUUUACAAGAAGUCUAUUUGUCCAAUAAUGAGAUAAGCGGUUCAAUUCCUAGCUUUUUCUUUCAUCUUGUGAAUUUUCAUUGCGUUGACCUUUCUUCAAAUAAUUUAAGUGGCACCAUUACAGCCAACAUGCUUUCAAAACUUGUAAACCUUUGGGAUCUAGAUCUUUCCAAUAAUAGUUUGCUGUCCUUGAGCAAUAAUGACACUAGUGUCAACUAUUCCUUUCCAAACCUUCAGCAUUUAAUAUUAUCUUCUUGCAACAUACAAAAGUUCCCAAGUUUCGUAAGGAAGGCAAAGACUUUGCAAAUAUUAGAUAUUUCCAAGAACAAGAUUUCUGGUCAAAUUCACAAAUGGGAAAUAGAAGGGAUGACAUUGAACACAUUAAACCUUUCUUAUAACUUCUUGACUGGUAUAGAUUCAUUUGGUUUUGGAAAUCUUGUAACUGUUGACCUCAGAUCCAACUUACUACAAGGAUCACUUCCCAUUCUAACAGCAACAUUGGAUGCUAGAAUAAUACAACUCUUCAUUUCAGGGAAUAAUUUGACUGGUGAAAUCCCUUCUUCUUAUUGCAGUUUGACUUAUCUUACAAUUCUGGACUUAGCUAAUAAUAGUUUGGGAGGAAAAAUCCCAAAAUGUCUUGGAAACACUAAAUAUCUCAACAUCUUGGAUUUGCAGAUGAAUAAGUUUCAUGGUAUAAUACCAAAUUCUUUUGUCAAAGGGAGUGAAAUGAGAACUCUUAACCUAAAUGGCAACCAGAUGGAAGGGAGACUGCCAUCAUCUUUGGUAAAUUGCAAAGACUUGGAAGUUCUAGAUGUUGGGAACAACUACUUGAAUGACACCUUUCCACAUUGGUUAGGUGUUCUUCCAUCGCUAAAAGUUCUCAUCCUUCAAUCUAAUCGAUUUCACGGUGCCAUUAACAACACUAUGCCUGCAUUUUACUUCUCUGAGUUGAGAGUCAUUGAUGUCUCACAGAAUGACUUCACGGGUCUCCUACCGAGUAUCUAUUUCAAAAAUUUGACAGGUAAGAGAGAUGUACAUGAAGAUGAAGCCAAUUUCGAAUAUAUUGGUAGUAAUGUGGUAAUCCUUUGGAAACCGUCUAGAUUGUUCUAUCUCGAUUCGGUGAGAAUAAUAAUGAAAGGUUCAAAGGUGGAGCUGAAGAAAAUCCUGACAACUUUCUCAACUAUUGAUUUUUCAAGUAAUAGAUUCCAUGGACACAUUCCGAAAGAGCUGGGAGAACUCAAUUCACUUCACUUGCUAAACUUGUCUCACAACAGUCUCACUGGUCAAAUUCCAUCAUCUUUGGGCAAAAUGACAGAACUUGAAUCACUAGAUCUCUCAUCAAACAAGCUUGAUGGUAGGAUUCCUGAGGAGUUGACAAGUUUGACAUUUCUUUCAGUUUUGAACCUUUCACACAACAAACUUGAAGGUGAGGUUCCUCAAGGUAAGCAGUUCAAUACUUUCUCAAAUGAUUCCUACAUUGGGAACUCUGGGUUGUGUGGAUUCCCAUUGACAAAGAAAUGCCACGAGGAGGAAGAACCAGGAGCACCUCCAUCAAAAUUUGAUGAAGAAGAUGACUCUGCAGCACUCUUUGAGUGGAAGUUUGCAUUGGCGGGCUGUGGGUGCGGACUGCUAUUGGGACUUAGUCUGGGAUAUAUCGUGUUCACAACAGGGAAACCAUGGUGGGUGGUGAAGAAGGUGGAGAAAUAUCAAGAGAAAUUUGUUGGAAGAUGGAUCUGCAGGCCAGAAGCUGCAGGCAGUUGGCUUUGUCUCUUCCUCCAAGAAGAUCUGACAAAAAUAAUUACUUCUCUCCGAGCCGUUGAGAUUGAAAUUCCAGUCAAUGCCGAAAUGGACGCAUCCGAAGGAUAUGGAUUGCAAAUUUGCAAUUGCAUCGCCUGUGAGGGGCUCAGUGAUGUCGGAUCUGGUCGGGACGGCCGACGGAUGACCCCACUGUCCUUUGCGCUCUGGACACCCGCUCUCUUGACAUUGCCGACUGAAGUCUAUUUCUCGUCCUUGGAUGGUCUGAUUGACUGAUCCGGAUGAACUCAGAGUCAAGAUCCGACCUGACCUGUCCUUGAGUUCCUGGUUUUUAACGAGAUUAGGGUAGUGGCCGUCGGCACUUAUAAAGGGUAUCUGUCGGUUUAUUCUCUGCCAGGUGAUCUGAUUCAUAUAAAGGGUAAGAAGCUGUAAUUUUUAUUUUUAUUUUUUGUGUGUUUUCAGUUUUCACUUUGGAUUUUAAACUCUUAUAUUGUUCUGUGAUUGGGAAUCCUGUAUAGUGUCGUGACAAUGACUUUUUC